AUGAGAGUGCCUAGGAGUCUUCAUAUUUCUCACACACCAAAUGUGAAAAAUAUAAGUGAGAGUUUAGAGAAAGGGAACAAUUACGAGGAAGUAAUUGAUAUAUGUUUUACCAGGCUUGAGGGAGUGGCAUCGCCACAACCUUUGUUGAGCCUAUGUGGCAUCCUCGCUACUACACAUUUACAUGGUCGCUAUGCUUCUAGGUUAAAAUUGGGACGUAGGUACCAGGGUAGACACAGGCAUGGAAAAAUAUUUAACAAAGAGAAAACUUACGGAUUCAUCAGAGACAUUAAUGCUGAUUUUUCUAAACAUAGCCAUGUGAAAAUCAAUUUAGAAGAUCUUCCCUCAGACCCUGGAAAGAGGAAUAGGAUUUUAGAUUAUGAUCCUAAUGUCCGGGACGAGGUUCGAAGAGCAUACUUCUUAAAAGGGCCUUGCCAACCUAAGUCACACGAGUUUCCUUACAUUCUUUUUGGAAAAAAAACACGAAGAUUAAAUGUUGCUUGGUUUAAUGUUAAAGAAUAUUCAACAUGGCUAGAAUAUAGUAUAAAUCAAAAUGAUGCAUAUUGCUUAUGUUGUUAUUUGUUCAAACCAUAUGUUGGAGCACAAGGAGGCGGUGAAACGUUUGUUGGUAUGGGAUUCCAAAAUUGGGCACAUAAGGAAAAAUUAACUAGUCAUAUUGGAGGUUUCAACAGUGUCCACAACCAAGCUUGGGCCAAGUGCAAGGAUUUAUUAAACAACAAACAAUGCGUUGAUGUUGCUUUCGCAAAGCAUUCAACACAAAGUGCAAUAGACUAUGAUAUACGGUUGGAUGCAUCAAUUGGUUGUAUUUCGUUUCUCUUAAGACAGGGGUUUGCAUUUAGAGGCCAUGAUGAAAGUGAAACUUCAAAUAACAGAGGGAACUUCAUAGAGUUGUUGCAAUUUCUAGCUGAUCAUAAUCAAAGCAUUAAAGUUGUUACUUUCAAUAACGCUCCUUCGAAUAUGAAAUUGACUUCACUAGAUAUCCAAAAGGACAUUGUUCAUGCAGCUGCAAUUGAAACAACGAAGAUCAUUAUAAAUGAUAUUGAUAUGGAAGGUCGUGUAAUUGAAUGCUUUUUAGGUAUUGAGCAUGUCCCAAAUACUACAGCUAUUACACUUAAAGAGACACUCGAUAAUUUAUUUUCAAGACAUGGGUUGAGCAUCUCCAGUUUGCGCGGACAAGGUUAUGAUGGGCCACUUCAACUUACUCUUGUAGCCAUGGCGAAAAAUAAUUCGAAAAUAGUUUCUUUGUUUGUGUUGCUAACCAAUGUUGUGAAUGUUGUUGGAGGUUCUUGCAAGCGUCUUGACCGUCUUCGAGAACAGCAAGCUUCCAAAGUUAUCGACGCACUUGGUUUAGGUGAAAUCAUAAGCGAUGUGCUUGAGAUUAUUGCAGAAGAUGGAGCAACCCCAGAACAAAAAUGUGAAGCUGAUAUGCUAAUUAACUCCUUGGAGACCUUUGAUUUCAUAUUUUCUCUACAUUUCAUGAAAAAAUUAUUGGGUAUUACUAAUGAGUUGUCCCAAGCAUUGCAAAGGAAACACCAAGAUAUUGUAAAUGCAAUGAACUUGGUUAGAAUUUGCAAGAUGCAAAUGCAAAAUUUGAGGGAUAUUGGAUGGGAUUCUAUGCUCACUCAGACUACAUUGUUUGGUGAAAAACACGAGAUUGAUAAGAUGGUUGAAACAAAAAGGGAUAAAGUGUACUCUAUGGUUUACUUGCUCAUCAAAUUAGCGUUGACGUUACCGGUUUCAACAGCAACAGUUGAGAGAUCGUUUUUCACUAUGAAGAUUGUGAAGAACAGGAAACGUAAUAAAAUGGGAGAUCAAUGGAUAAAUGAUAACUUGGUUACUUAUAUUGAAAAGGAGGUGUCAGUAGACCUUGUGAUUGACCAUUCAGUUGAAGUUGAUGUUUCAAGAAGUGCAAUUGUUGUUCAAUCAAACAUGUACCUUGAAUUUCAACACAAUGAUGAACGCUUUUCCUUUCUGAAAUGGGGAUAA